AUGAAAGGCAGAGAAUCACGACGAUAUGUCAGUUUGCCGUUGCUGCUGCUGCUGCUAUCUAAACCAUUAAAGGAAAGACUUGGAAACGAUCGGUCUUGGGUGCAUAAGAAGGCUCAGGUAGUGGCUGAGUCCGUCAAAGUUGAUUCAGAUAACUCUCCAGAAGCCAUAUUUGUCGCAAGACUACCUCGCCCUGAACACUCGAGCAAAUCUAGGAUACCUCUGAAUUGA